GCUGUGUGAUGCGUUACACCACUGCUGGUCAACUUUUGAAUAUUAUUUCCCCGAGAGAGUUUGUUGAUUUCUCCUAUACUGUGGGCUAUGAAGAAGGACUUUUAUCCUGUGGGGUGAGUCUCGACUGGAGUGAAACAAGGCCAGAAUUUGUCCGAGGCUAUAACCAUCCCUGCGGCUGGUUUUGUGUUCCGCUUAAAGACAGUCCAAGCCAGAGUCUUCUGACGGGCUAUAUUCAGACAGAUCUGCGCGGCAUGAUCCCUCAGUCCGCAGUGGAUACAGCAAUGGCCAGCACUUUAACCAACUUCUAUGGUGAUUUGCGGAAAGCUCUACGAAAGGCCUAAUACGUUCCACUGCCAGGGCUGAGGUCUGUUGAGUCUGUUCUUCCUUCCCUCAGCUGCAUGAUCUGUAAAUGUCUUCAGUCCUGUCAGCUGUGCAGCCCGGAGAAACGUGGGAGGUGUUUGGCUUCCGUGGUACAACCUCAUUUUCUAUGGAAAGUAAGUAGCUAUGUAAAUAGGGCAUUUCGGCUUUCUUAAGCGUUUGUUUGCACCUUGUUUGGUUGUGGAAGUCUGUGGAAAGGAUGAAAUACCAAGAUUUAGAUACAGGUCCUUUAAUGUAGUCUAUUCACAAAAGUGAAAUUACCUCAGGAUGAAAUAUUUGGCUGCUUGAAAAUUACGAAGUGUGCAAGCACAAUGCUUUUUGUGUUAUUUUGGAGCUUUGUGAACAGUUUGUAAAACUUUAAUGAUUCUUAAUGUAAAUGUUGUGCUUUACUCUUGGUAUGUUAUGUGAGUUUGCCAAUAGCUUAGACAAGAAAAAGUCCUCCAUAGUCUGUAAAGGUAAAUCCAUUGUUCAUUGACUUGUACCAUGUUACGUAUUAGAAAGACCACAGUGACAAGAGAAUAGCCAUUCUUGUAACCAUAGGCACAAUUAAAUACAAUUUAAUUUUGAUAUCUAGGUAGCCAGUGUAGGGAAGGAGAUGAGAAAGAUGGCAUUAGAACUUGUUUAGUUUUGUUUCUGAAAGUAGAGGGGUGUGUGGGUGUGUGUGUGAAUUUAAACUCAGGAACAUUUAUAUGUUUUAAGUGUGUUUAUCUCAAGUAUUGUAAUAUAAAAAUACUGUAAAGUGGGGAUGAUAACUAGCAUAUAGUUAGGUCUGCACUUCUGUAGCUGCGUUAUCACAGGAAAAUAAUGCAAGCCAUAUAUGUAACUUAAAUAUCCUAGCAGAGGCUGGAGAGGUGUCAUCGUUAAAAGAGUGCCUGCUGCUCUUGCAGAAGACCUGAUUUGGUUCCCAGCACCCACAUGGAAGCUUACAGCUGUCCAUAACUCCAGUUCUUGGAGGAUCUGGUGCCAUCUGGCCUCAGCAGGCACUAGGCAUGCACACAGUACAUAUACAUACAUGCAGAGAAAACACUCAUACACAGAAAAAAAAAUACACAGCUGAAAUUCAUUUUAGCAGUGUUUUCUUUAACUCACUAUAUCUAAAAUAUUUCAGUAUGUAACUGAUGUAAAAACAGUUAUUGAGAUACCUUAUGAUCGCUAUUAAUUCUUUGAAAUAGUAUGUGUAUUUUACUGCUGUAGACUAGCCAUACUUCAAGCGUUCAUUAGCCACUUGAUGCCUGUAGCCAGUGUAAUGAAUAACAAUUCUACAGUAUGUGUACCAUUUGUCUUGCUAUAAGAUGAAGUGGACAAUUUGUGAUACUGCUUUCUUAAACAGAAAUAUUAUAGCCUAGCACUUUCAGUGCUUGCUGAAUAAGAGGUGAAUACUUUAGAAAUAUAAAUAAAUAAAUUACUAAUUCCCAGUAAACUAAAAAUUAUUGCCUCAGAGUUAUUUUUGUUUAAAGUACCAUUUUAUAGGACAGUAAAGAGUGUAACCUACCACAUUACUGUGUUGUUUCCUGUAGCUUAGCUUGUUAAGGAAAUGUGUGUGUUGAAAAUUCUUUCCAUAAUGUUACCUUCAGUAGAUACUGCUGUUUUAAAACAGUUUCAUGUAAGUGACAUUUUGGUAGGAAAUACUGAUUUUUGUUGAAAAUUCUUGAGUAUUUUUUCAAUGAUUAAAGCAAUACUCAGCAAAAAUAAUAGACUGUAGUGUUCUCAGUUCUUAACUAUAAAUCAUUGGAGUAUUAGCAUGUAAACGUCUGGAUCUCUCCUGUUCCAUGCACACAGGGUGUAUUUGAAAUUGGGGGUUUCCAGGUGUGGAACUAUGUCCUAGUUAGCAGGAUGUUCCCCCUUCGUCUUCCUUUCUUUCAUGUUGGAAGGUCUCUUGACUAGUACUUGGUGAAUUAAACUGACAGACCUGAGAAUUUCCUUAGAUGUGGAUGCA